AUGGCAUCUCUCAGGGGCAUGACUCAGGACUCGGCAGCAGCCGUCCAGAGCAUCCAGGAGAAGAUCCUCGCUGGUCUGAACUCUGAUCUUGCAGGAAUCUCUGUCAAGGCUUCCUCUGACGCCCUGGCUGGUCCUCUUGUCUGGUCAGGGGCUGAGUUUCAGGGGGACUCGACCUACACUCUUCGUCUGAGCGAGGACGAGGUCGCAGAGAUUGACAAUGCCCUCGCCAACUUCAAGACUCUUGGGUUGGACGGGGACGAGGUCUCCCGGGACAACUUCCCCCUUCCCAACCUGUCUCGCCGCCUCCGCUCCAGCUCCGAGACCCUACACAUGGGACGAGGCUUUGUCGUCAUCCGCGGCCUCGAGGCUUCCAGAUACACUGUGGAAGACAGCGUCACCGUCUUCCUUGGUGUUGCCAGCUACAUUGCCGAGAAGCGUGGCCGCCAGGACCGCAAGGGCAACAUGCUCUCCCACGUUACGGACUCGAAGCAAUGGACGGCCCCGGUCAGUGCCCGUCACGGCAUCCACACCAACGGGGCGCUGCCGUUCCAUACGGACAUGGGAUGCGAUAUCCUAUCUCUCCAGGUCCGUCACAGCGCUGAAAAGGGCGGCUACACGUAUCUGAGCUCCGCCUGGACCGUCUUCAAUGACCUCCUUAACAGGGAGCCCGGGGUCAUCAAGACUCUUCUGACCCCCAACUGGCCUGUUCAGCUAUCUGGCCGCAAGGCUUCCUGCUACCUCGCUCCUGUCUUUUCCUUCCACGAUGGCAAGCUCCUUGCCAGCCUCGAUCCUGCCCGUCUCGGUCCUCACCCGAGUAUGAGCAACAACACCAGCAUCCCGAGCCUCACGGAGGACCAGCUCCACGCUCUGCAGUCCGUGUCUGAAGCGGCCUCGCGGAGUGAGGUGCGUCUGGAGCUCCAGACUGGUGACCUCCUAUUCUUCAACAACCUCGCCCUCGUGCACCGUAGAGACGCCUACUCGGACGAUGCUAGCUCCUCCCGGCACAUGGUUCGGCUCUGGCUUCGCAGCCAGAAGCUCGGAUGGGCCAUCCCCGACGGCAUGCUUCCCCCCUGGGAGGCGGCCUACGGAGAGAGCCGCAAGAAGAACAAGCCUGCCCUCUACCCCAUCGUCCCCGCGGUCGAGUACCCGGUCCAGAAGUACACCACCAGCUCUGCCGCCUUCAUGAUUGAGGACUCUGAGAGCUCUGACGAGGAGUGA